AUGUCGGGUUGUAGGGUUAAGAUGCUUCUAAACAAUUAUGAACGCGUACGGAAGGAUGGUCUGUAUAGUCCAAAAGUGAAACUCCCAAUUUGUCGACGAGGACAAGAUUUUGUUGCUUGCGACGUUUUCAAGAAUCAGCACUUUCCGCAUUAUGUGCGUGUACGAUCAGGCGAGUUCGAGAUUAAAGAGCACUUGUUAUUCAAGCGCACUCUUGCAGUUCAGCUUCAGAUAAUCGUGACGCAACUGGUAUCCGCUUUCUCUACCGUACGCGACCGCAAGACGGCGUGUGUGUAG